GCCUCCCGCCCCGCGGUCGGACGGACGGGCCAGGUCUCCAGCGGGCGGGGCGGCGGGAGGGCGGCCCCGCGCCGCCAUGGAGGAGCCGGCGGCCGAGGAGGAGGAAGGGGUGCUGCGGGACUACCUGGCCUACUACGCGGCCCGGGGGGCGGAGGGGCGGCUGGCGGCGUGCGACGAGGCCGCCCUGAAGGCGAGGGCGCGGCGGCUGCCGGAGCGGCGGGGCGCGCUGGACGUGCGCGGCGUGGCCGAGCGGUGCCGCAGGGCCCGCGGGCGGCGCGGAGGCAGCGUGCUGCGGGACCUGCUGAAGGCGCUGGAGGUCCUGGAGCUGCUGUGCGUCAACUUGCUGCUGUCCCCGUGGAGGAAGGAGAUCAGGUCGCUGAAGACAUUCACCGGUAAUUUUGUCUACUAUGUUCAAUCUGUGCUCCCAGAUGACAUAGUAAAAACAGUACUGGAGAAAAUAGGUUACAUUGCAACAACGGCAACAGAGUUUUCACUUGUCAGAAAGAGAAACAAUGAGGAAACAAAACAGACUGCCUUUGAAAUAUUUCUGGCAAGAAUUGAGUGUGAAACCAUCCUCGAAAUGACAAAUGAAGAAAAACAUGGCAAUUUGGAGAAGACUUUGCAGAAGAGUUCACAAAUACACUGGCAUCACAAAAAUAAGGACAGAGAGGAUCAGAUGCCCCAGAGAGAAGACUGUGAAAAUCUAGAAAAUAAAGAAAAUAGUGAAACGUCUUUGUGCCUUGCUACUCAACAGAAGUCUUCACCUAGUAGCAGUAUGUCCCUUGAAACCACUCGGGAUCUGAAGAUCAAAGAUGAUGCUCCUCACUUAGCAGUGACUCAAUCCACUAACAGGCUUCAGGAACACCAAAAGCAAGUCAUUAACACAGUACACUUUCCGGGCAAAUGCUCAGACAGCGAGGACUUCUUGAUCAAAUAUAGUGACAUUGUCAUAAGACAAACACCUAUUUUCAGUGAGAAUCUUUCUCCAGAAGCUUUUGAAAAAAAGCCAAGAGCCAGUCUAAGUGAGGAAUGUGUUUUGGCAGCCACUGCCCAGUCAACUGCAAAUGAGCUGUGGUCAGUGCCGCUCUCACCAGGAGCAAGCGGUCCACCAGCCUUUGCAAUAUUUGCUGACAGCACUUGUGAAAGUAAAAGCUCUUCAGAGUACGAAGCUCAACAAGUGGCUGAAGAGUCAAUUGAAGCAAAAAUUAACGAUGCCAUAAACUGUGUAGACCCAGACCCUGCAGACAAACCCAAUGAGCUGAAGUCUCUGCCGUACACGGAUUUCACAUCAGUCCAAAACUGCCCCGUCCCUAGGGAAGAGGAAGUCUGUGAUCUGUCUUUAACCUUCACAAAACUACAAGUCCAGGACACUCAGGAAGAUCUGAUGUAUCCAAUAGAGGAAACUGGGCACCCUGAGUCACUAUCAUAUACAAGUGACAGGAAUGUAAGAGAACUGAAUCAUUCCAAAAUGAAAUGCACAUACUCAACUAAUGCUGAAAUGCAGAACAGAGCAGCUGCAUUUAUUGAGCCAUCUCCGGAUCUCUGCCGUACUACUGGGAGCGUGGAGGAUCCCACUGGUGGCUCUGAUGGCAAGGGACUAUUAAGGGGUACUCUGAAUGCACCUAGGGCUUCUGAGUGCUUCAGGCACAUCAGAGAGCCUCCUAAUCCCACCUACAUUCCACCACAAAGUAUUGAUGUUCGGUCUCCAAGCAGAAGAAGCACCGGUGCACAGGGCAGAAGGAACCUUCUGCAGCCUGACAGUGAAUCCAGUGAAGUAAAAGCAGAGAACUAUAAUUUAAAAGUAAAUGAAAUCCAGGAGCCUUAUGUUAUUAUUGACAAAACUGACCAAGGAAUGUUGUGCUAGCACACUUGAUUCUAGCAGUGCUUUAUUUGUAAUUUGCCUGGGGUUUCCUUGCCCUAGUUGUGGCCUUGAUCAUCUUUUCAGAGGAGAUAAUUAGCUUUGACAAAGCUAAUCAUAAACAAACAAAAACACCACCACUUUUGGACAGUAAACAUUGGAGUAUUUGAGAAAAUUCUUAAACAGCUCUUUCCUCAUGAAAUCACUCCAUUUAAUUCAUUAACCAGAUUCCAUCUGGCUCUAAUUAAUGCCUGAGGCCUAUUUUUAGAAUAUGGCAUGCUGUACAAUGACAGGAACAGGUAAACAUUUCUAAACUGGAAGGCUCUAGAGUGUUACAAGUGCUGUGCUGGAGUGUAGUUCCGUUAGCUCGUGGCAUUCCUGUGAAGCUGUAUUCUGAGCUAAUCUUUCUUCUAUUUUCAGUUUAAAGAUAAGCUUAGAAAAUCAGUAUUCUCUAAAUUAGUAUAAAUUGUCUAUACCUGACUUUCAUCCUCCUGAAAUGUGUAGAAGAGCGGGCGGAUUAUACCAGAAAAGUCUCAGGAGCUGAAAUGUUUUUUGAAUAACUAAUAGCUGGAGUUUGUGAUCACCUGAUUCCAGCACAGCAGGAGGAAUGCAGCUUUGAACAAACACCAAAUGACAAGACUUCAGCUUUAGAUGGUGUUAAUGGGUGGGUGAAAAAAGUAUUACAAAUAUGCAUACAGAGACUAGUAUUUCUGCACUGGGUCUGGCUGGGAUGAAGUUAACUUUUUUUAACAGAAGCUAUGUGGUGGUGUGUUUAAGACUAGUUGCUAAAACUCUUGAUAAUGCACUUGCAUUCUGGCUGCUGCAGAACAGUGCUUGCACAGCAUCAAUGCCUUUUCUUCCUUACUCUGGCCCCCACUCCAGUGAUGGUGGGCAAGAACCUAGCAGCUGGAACAGCUGACUGGAUUUAGCCAAAGAUAUUCAUACCAUAUAGCAUCAUGCUCAGCAAUAAAACUGGGGUAGCAGAAGUUUUUGGUUUGUGGUUUCUUUUUCGUCUACCUUUGCAACACUUGUUCUUUUCUUCCUCUCCUCCUCCUUUCACCAAUUAAAUCUCUAUCUCAAACCAAAUUCUUGCUUUUGCUCUUCUGGGUCUCCUGUUUUGCAGGAGGUUGAACAAACCAGCUGUGUAGGUGCUUAGCUGCUCACUAAGUGAACUCACCACAACCUCCUUGUUCUUCCUUCAACUAUUUAUCUGUUCUUCCUAACCAUUUCAGUUUUUAUAAGAUGUAUUUUCCCCCCGUAGGGCAAUUAAAAUUGUGUUUUAAAUAGUAUGUUGUGUCAAAUAUUCAGGAAAUCUAAAAACUGAAAAAUCCCUUCUCAUCACAUAUAAAGAUUCCUCAUAAGUAUUUAGCUGACCACCAGUACUAUACAGACCCAUGUACCUAGCAUGCCAUUUUUACCUUUGCUGUAGCCACAGGAGUAUUUAACAGCAAGUUACACAUGAAAAAACAAUGCUAAAGUUGGUUUCCCAAGAAACUAAAGACUGCCACUUGAAACACCCCAUAUAAACAGCCAAGCUGCACAGAACAUACGGAACAUAAAACAACUGUGUUCCGAGACUCUACUUUUUGUUAACGCUUUUGUUAACUGAUUGAGGCAGAACCUCUGUGGUAGAUUGGCCAGGACUGCUAAGUAUGCAUUCAGCCUGCAUUUGGAGGGAGAGCUGCUAUCACCUUAAAAUGCUCACAGUUACUUUCAAAUAUGGUCUUUCUGCUGCAAAGACACCUUUUCUUCCUGUAUGAACAGUAGGCUUCUGAGGUCUUGUACUAGAAGGUACUUCACUUGCAAAUUUCUGCUGUCUCUAGAGACAAGUUUUACAGUUAAGAUACCUGUGAAAAGACUGGAUUUGAAAACCAGCUGAAAGAAAAGUCAUAUUUAACAUGCCUUUGCCAUCAGCCCUCUGUACAACUGCUUCCACAUGGGCAAGGUACCACGAAUAGGGUUUAAAAUCCUUGUAAAUACAAUUAGAUCUGAGACAGAGAGGAGAACAUAAAUCCUGAUGGUGCCCUCCCGUCCCUGUUGCUAUUGACCAGUACGCCUCUCCUUGGCUAAUCAACUUAAAGAGCAGCAACCACUUAAGCAGCACUGUUAGCCUGCAAGAGAGCUGCCUGAGCCUCAGAGGAGGGUGAUUUGUUUGUGAAAUGUGUGCCUAUCCUCUUGUGAGCUGUCAACUUUAAUUGUGCUACAGCUGGUGUUGAUUGUCAAUGAAUUGAAUGGGGAUUUACUGACUGUUUUUAUGUCUUUCCAUCAUAGAGACACAAGGCCAGCUCUGCUCCCAAAUCUAUAUGCUAUGCACAACCACUCUGAAUGGCUCAGCUCUCCCAAGCUUCAAAUUAGAGAAAUUCUCUUUUGAUCAGUGCAGAAACAGAGCUUAGGCAGCAGACCCAGAAGCUGGCUGACAUUCAACUGCACCACCUCUCCCUGACGGGUCUGUUUAGUCAUUUUCCCUCCCCUUAACAUUCCUGUCACACAUACAAACUUGUCCCGUUAGAGCUAAGGUGCUUAACAAACACAGUUUGGCUUUAGAGUCAACUUUUUGUGGGUUUUUUUGUUUGUAAAGCUAGUAACGUAAACUAACUUUCAGCAUGAAAACAAACAGCAUGCAGGCACUGAAUGAACAAAGAUUUACAAUUUGCUUCAAAUUAUAAAUGAAGAUCUUAAAAUACAAGUUGUCUGCUGAGACAUAAACAAAAGCAUACCUAAGAGAGUCUGAGAAGGGCUUGCAAAGAUAAAUGUCUCUACUGUUCUGAGUGGUCUCCAAACAAGCAAAAGAAAACAAAACCAAAACCCACACAAUUUCUAAAACAUAACGUUUAUUUAUUUAACUUUACUUGUAUCUCAACACUGGGAAAGUUAUAACCUGUAAUCCACUGUCACCACUAAAGGCUCCAUCCAGUGAAAGUUAAUUGGCACUGUUCUCUUAAGUGAGACAGCUGAUAAAUCCUAAAGGUUUCCUUUUCACAGCAUUAAACAUUACAACUCCCUUCAGUAAGGACAGGAAUGGAACAGAAUACAGCAGCAUGUGCAAAGCAGCCUACUUACAGUAAAAGUCCUAGCAGCUUAGCAUUUAUCGUGGGGAGAUGUGAGGGAGAAAUAAAUCACUUAUCAGACAGAGGGAUCACCUCAAAGCCCCCUGACGUAAGAAUAAAUAAAAUCAAGUAGCGUGGUACACAAGUAAAAACCAGAGCUCCUCUGCUGUGUCACUCUUGCCUGACCUUUUGUAUGCAUUCAGAGAGAUCACUCUUACAGGAAUACAUUUACACAACAGUUAACCCUUAUGGUAAUUUUUUGUGUUAUUUUAGGAUAAGCCAGUUUCUCUUACAAAACAAACAACAAACAAACAGAUAAAUGGCAUCUGGACAAAACAGAUUAUAUUUCUCUUAUGUAGGAAUUAAUCUUAGAGCUACUUUUUUGUUCUGAGACUAAACUUUUUUAAAACUUGCAACUUAUGCAACUCAAUAUACAAAUAACUCAAAUGCUGCAAUUUACCAAAUGCUGGGGGGGAAAAAUAAAAGUAAAAAACCAUAAUCCUCACCUGACUUUAACCUGCUUUAGAAAAGCACACUAAUUACUUCAACCUCCAUACUCUACAGGAAGGACUAGGUACUCCAAUUCCUCAGGCAGGACAGUAACUCACUACGAGUCAUUAUUUGCAAGAGCACAGAGAGCUUCAGGUCCAAACAUUUUAAUUGCAACUGAUGGCAGAAUACCCAGACUCUGCAGGAGGAAGAGCACUGAAAAAGAGAUGUUGGAUUAGUUCCUGCUGCUGGCAGUAGUUCUGCAUGCUAAUUACACCAGUGAACACAAUUAUCAUCUUCUUAGGCUUAGGCUUCUUAGGACCUACAGUUUUGGAGAUUCACCUCCAAAAUGUUUAAUCAAAUAAGAUAUAAACAUCCUCCCCGUGCCAGAAGAGAGCGCACAGAAGGCCAGAUGAAGAAAAUGCAAAUGUUUAACAUCUUAAUUUUUGCCAGUCUGUCUCUUCAAGUCAGUUUGCGUGCUGCUCACAGAUGUUCCUGACCCUAGGACACCUCAAUCAGAAUGAAGUAAAUAGUGAAGUCUGGAGAAGAUAUCCAUCCAGACCAGGUAUGCAAUACAGAAAAGAGAUAAUCAGUUCUCACACAGCUUGCAGUUUAGAUGUGGAACUCACUGUGACAGGAUAUUAUGUCUAAAUGCUCAGAAACUUCCAGAAUAAAGUUCUGUCAGGGGCUGUUAAACACAAAGAGAAACCUAUGGCUCAGGAAAACAGAAAAAACCUGGAAGAACUUAAAAUGGCAAAGAAUCACUUCUUGUUAAAUGGUUCACACGCCAUUCCAAGCUCCCAAGGCAAGGGGAAACUGUACCACAAAGGCUAACUGACUCACCACAUUCAUUUCUGUGAGGUACUAAAUUACUUGCAUUUUCUGUACAACAGAAUUAAGCGGCUCUUCUCCAGACUGCCAUGCUAGCAUGCACAAUACAUACCAUUGGCUUCUACAACUCAUAAUCAGAUUGCAAUUAACAACAAUCUGCAGAUGCUUACAGAGCUAUUUCUACAGAGCUUUUUUAUCUUUUUUAUUCUCUAAGAGACAAAAAGAGCUUUGAAAGUUUAUCAGAAUGUCUCCAAAAUGACCACUAUAUUCCUGUACAAAUAAGCUUCUAUAAGAUAAUUAUUUAAUACAUAAAACCUUACUUUUAAGCUAGAAUUCUAAACCUUUAGAACAGAACAGAACAGGUUCACAAGCUUCAGCAUACUAAUGUAGUACUCACUUGGAAAUGCACCCUGCACUGAUCAUUCCUAAGCUGCACUGAUUUAGAAAAUAAAUAAAUAAAAAUCCCACUAGAAGAAAUGAACUCCAUCUCCUGACUUGGAAAAAGCUGCAGUCAUUUCAGCUACAGCUAUCUUCAGGUAUAUACAGCUUCCAUAAAACCACAAAAUAAAA